CGGCUUGUUCACAUCGGUAUAGCGGAUCACAGUGGAUCAUAGCUCGUCGAUCCAAAAGUGACAGUUCCGAUCCCGCUAUAGAGGGUCGAGAUCGCGAAAUGGCGCCACCGCACAUACCUCAAUGCGUGUCGGAUCCCGGCCUGCUGGAACGUUUAGGGGAGUGCAGUGCCUCCCCUUCUCCGCGGCUUGUACGAGGCGGGUGGAUCGCGGAGGUGUUGUUGUUGGUUCGAACACGGGCGUGCUCAAGGCAACGACCUGAGUGGAAGAUCAACGGAUGUUCCACCGUACGUGAGCCUCAGGCGGUAUUGUUCCGUAGCGUGUUGUUAAAGAUGUAGCCGCAUCCUGCUAUGUUUCCACCGGCCCAUCUCAGAUACUCACUUGUAUUUUCAGGUUGCGGGGUUGUACGUUUCCAACAAGUAUGGGUUCAAUACGCUCAGGGACAGCCACUCCUGUCGGCAGCAAUUCGAGGGCCAAUUCGACUGUUGCGGGCCUCACACCUCGCACCCUCACCGCCAACACCUCAGAGCUUUCGCUACCGUACAAGCUCUCCUUGUCCGAUGACCUCGCCAUAUACCCAUACGAAGAGCCAGCAUCAGCCCGGACGUUAGUCGACCUCUUGAAAGCGACCAUCACACGGCAUCCAGAUACACUUGCAAUCGACAAUGGCACUUCCCGCCUCAGCUAUGCCGAGCUAUCGGACUCCAUUGACCUCAAAGUCAAGGCCCUACGAGAAGCGGGUGUCGUUGCCGGCGAUCGUGUAGGCGUGCGGUUGACCUCUGGAACUCUGGACUUGUACGUAAGCAUCCUCGGCGUGUUAUUUGCUGGAGCUGCGUACGUUCCAGUCGACGUUGACGAUCCGGACGCACGAGCAGACUUGGUGUGGUCUGAGGCUGGUGUGUCUGCGGUUCUAAGCGACAAUGGCAUCGACUCGAAGCUUCCAAGUCGAAGGAGCGAAGGCCCGGAAAACAGACCCGCCAUCGAAGACGACGCUUGGAUCAUCUUCACUUCAGGAUCGACAGGGAAGCCAAAGGGUGUAGCUGUGACACAUCGAAGUGCAGCCGCAUUCGUCGACGCAGAGACACGACUAUUUCUACCCAAGGCACCGCUAGCACCGGGAGACCGAAACAUCACCGUGGUGUCUACGGUACCGACUCUGGCGGCUAUGUGGCCGGCGGAAGCGCUGAGCAACAUUCGAUUGCUGAUUCUCGGUGGUGAGGCAUGCCCGCCUGAGCUGGCAGAUCGUCUUGCGAGGAACGUGGACGCCGUUUGGAACACAUACGGACCAACAGAAGCAACAGUAGUGUCCUGUGGUGCUCGGAUCCGAUCGAAACAGCCUGUGGCCAUUGGUCUCCCUCUCGCUGGCUGGAGACUGGCAGUAGUCGGUGCAGAUGGGAACGCUGUGCGAUGGGGUGAAGAGGGAGAGCUCGUCAUCGGUGGAGUAGGCAUGGCUCGUUACCUGGACCUCGAAAAGGACAGAGCAAAGUUCAAGUCGGUCCCUGAUUUCUCAGGCGAACGAGGAUAUCACAGCGGUGAUUUGGUGCGCGCAGAACGCGAAGGACUCUUCUUCGUCGGCCGGAACGACGAGCAGAUCAAGUUUGGCGGCCGGCGGAUCGAGCUCGGUGAGAUUGACGCCGCGUUGUUGAAGCUUCCCGGAGUCAGCGGUGCUGCCUGCGCCCUGCAAAAGACGGAAAUGGGUACACAAGUGCUAGUGGGAUAUGUCGUUCGGACUCGCGAACCUGAGACAAAGGAUCGAGAUUUGCUGCAAAGCAUGCUGCCUCCUAGUCUCAUACCUGUGAUCGUGCCAGUGGAUUCGAUUCCAGUGCGAACGUCCGGCAAGGUCGAUCGAAAAGCAUUGCCAUGGCCAUUGCCAGCAUCAAUGAUGGGCGGAGACUCCACACCGGCCGACGGGACGAUGGGAAGACUGAGCGAACAAUGGCGUCGUGUUCUUGGAGUUUCACCUUCGGCAGAAUCGAAUUUCUUCGAGCUCGGUGGCACGAGCCUGGGCGCAGCUCAGCUGGUCUCACAGCUCAGGAAGUUGUGUCCGGCCAUGUCCGUUGCGGAUAUUUAUGAACGACCGACCUUGGAGGCAAUGUCCGCCCGUCUUGACGAGCUCACUGGACCCAUGCAGGAGACACGCCAGGUCAAGCCGGUACCCUGGUGGACAUUCCUCCUCCAACUGCCCUUUCUGUUCGUCCUCCUUAUCUUCGAAGGCUUCCGCGGCGUUUCGAUCCUACUCUUGACGAAGAAGUUCUCCAACCUCCGGCUCCCUGCGGAUUCGUGGGCCGCACAGCACAACGUCGAUUGGGCAGUGGGGAUUGUUCUCUACAUUCUCUUCAUCACGGUACCAGGACGAAUGCUGGUCACUGUACUCCUUGUAAGACCUCUUACACUCGGACUCUCGCCUGGUACCUAUGCUCGCGGUGGACUUACUCACAUUCGGCUGUGGGCAGCGGAACGCAUCGUAGCAACUGGUCGGCUUCAAAAUAUCGCUGGAACUUUCUGGGCACGGCUGUAUGCUCGAAUGCUGGGAUGUCGUGUCGAAGAGAGAGUGCAGAUGCAUGCUCUGCCACCUGUGACAGGUCUUGGAACAUUCAGCCGAGGCGCAGUGGUGGAGCCGGAGGCCGACAUUGCAGGAUGGUGGCUCGAUGGCGAUAUGCUGCAUAUCGGCUCCAUCACUCUCGGGCAAGGCUCACGAGUGGGUACUCGCGCCAUGCUCAUGCCCGACACAAUCUUGGCGCCACUCGCAGAUGUCCAGCCCGGGACGUGCGCUCAAGGCAUGGUAGAUGCUCCUCCCGGCGCGAUACCAACCGAUCUCUCAGCAGAGCUCCCAAGAGAGCCAUUCUUCACAGGCCUGCGACACACGAUGACUCUGCUACUUCUGGACGCCCUGGUCGUGAUAAUGGUUCUACCAAUCUUCGGUCUCGCCGCAGCCGUCACUCCCGACUGGGGCAAUUUCCGACAGCUCAACCUCGGCUUCAUCAUAAUGGCCUUGCCCGGGACGGUGGUGGGCCUUGUGAUCUACGCUACGUCCGUUGUGCUCUUGGUCCGGCUGGCCAGUCUUGCCAUGACUCCCGGUACACACUCGUGGCACAGUCGUGCAGCAUGGGCCGCCUGGCUCACACGAGUAUUGAUGUUGGACGCACGAACCAUAUUGUUCCCUCUCUACGCAAGCCUGGCCACGCCAGUCUGGCUCCGAUUGUUGGGCGCUCGUAUCGGACAUAAUGUGGAGAUCUCGACGGUCGUCCCGAUCCCGUGCCUCCUUCGGGUUCAUGACAACGCCUUCCUCGCGGACGAUGUUCUGGUAUCGCCGUACGAGCUGCAAUCGGGCGGCAUUGUACUUGGUACAACGACAAUCGGCGAGAAGACCUUUAUCGGUAAUACUGGACUGGUCAAGUCUGGCACGAAUGUUCCCGAACGUGUUUUAAUUGGCGUUCAUGGCACUGCUCCUGAUGAGGCGCAGAUGUCUCCUGGUUCUUCAUGGCUCGGCAGGCCACCAAUAUCGCUUCCACGUCAGGCCGAAUCAUGCGUGGACAGCAAGUUGACCUUCAACCCGCCGCUUCGAUUGAAAAUUGCCCGAGCAUCGGUGGAGGUCUGGAGGUUGUUGCCUUUGCUCUUUCUCGGAAUGUUGACCACGUUGGUCAGCCUUGGGAACCUCUACAUGCUCGUGAAACAUGGAGUGGGCUGGGCUAUCCUCGCCAGCGGCGGGUUCGUGCUCGCAGCUGCAUUGAUUGCGUGUAUCAUUACCACGGCUGCCAAGUGGAUCAUUACGCCGUUCGUUGGUGCAGGCCAGCAAAACCCUCUUUGGAGUCAUUUCGUGUGGCGAAACGAGCUAUCGGACACUUUCGUGCAGUCUCUGGUGGUGCCAUUCAUUGACAAAUUCUAUGGAACGCCAGUCCUGUCUCUUUGGAUGCGCACACUGGGUGCUAAGAUCGGACGUGGUGUGUGGCUAGAAAGCCAUCUUCUACCAGAGGCGGACUUGGUCACGCUUGGAGCUGGCGUGAGCAUCAAUCGACAAAGUCUUUUGCAGACACAUUUGUUCCACGAUCGUCUUUUGCGUCUCGACAGAGUGUGCCUGCAGGCAGGGGCUACUCUCGGUCCCAAUUCCAUGGCGCUGCCCGGUACUGACAUCGGCUGCGGAGUUACAAUUGGACCGAAAUCGCUUGUCAUGCGUGGAGAGCAUUUGCCUGCGGGCACUUGCUGGCUGGGCAAUCCAGUGCGGCCGUGGGCGAGAGAUUCAUCCGAAACAUCGUCGAGGAAGAUCAGUGUCCCAUCCAGCAACCAGAGUAUCGAGUCGGAUUUCUCGGAAAAGCAUUUUGGAAAGGAUUUGGAAAAGCAAGACGUUUGAUUGAAUGCUUGACGAACAAAAGCUUGGAUGUAGUCAUUAAAGCGUGUACUUCUGACUCA